AUGAUAGUUCGCGAAGUAUUCUUUGAUCUGACCUGGUUGUUUGGAUCAAUCUCUGUGGCAACUUAUCUAGCAAGUGUCCUUCGAACAAUUCCACUCUCUGUCUACACCUCAUAUAUAAUACUUGUCAGCGCCAUCGUAAUCACGUGCGCUCUUUUUACCGGAUAUUUGCGACAACAACAAGAUAUAACCUCUGAUCAACAAAACAUAAUUAAUGCUUUGACAGUAAUUCAUUUCACAACUUAUUCUAUAAGUUGUUUUAUAAUAGUCGCUGGGUUUGUAAUUUAUGGAAAAAAGCUGGUGAAUAUUGCAAAUGAAGGAUUACGUCUACUGGAAGGUGUAAACGGUUAUCCAACUACACCAAGAUCUCCAAAACCUUAUAGAUUUUCUCUUGCUACACGACGAGGUAGCAGUUAUAGUCAUUUGGAAUUGAGACAUGAUCAGAUGAAGCGAGCUCUUUUAAAGAUGCGCAUUGUAAACGCUGCUUUUACUUUAAGUUUCAUAAUAUUGGGCCUAAUAAUAGGUGUUUUUGCAUUUUAUCAUCAAGCGAUAUUUGAAGACUUGAUUGUUAGCAAAAUAAUUUCAAUAUUAGAUAAUUGGAUGCCAAUGUUAUUAAAUGUUAGUGUCAUGGCUGGUAUUGCUUAUGGUGAAAUGAAAAUUCCAGAUAGAACCGAUCCGACGUUUUCAAAUUUGGUACUCACAGAAACUUCACAACAAGGCAAUGCAAAUGUUACAAAUACUGAAAAUGGUCAUUCUACAGAAUCUAUUGAAACUACUUCGAUCAUUACUUCUCAUAGUAGGACUUCAUUUCAUCAAAGAAAUGAAUCUACAGGUUCAGAUACUCCGUUAAUAUGUAAUCCAUCACUUUCAAGUAUAAAUGCAUCACCAUCUGAAUCGAACAGUCAAUAUGGAGGUAAAUCGUCAAAAAGUCCGACGUCGAUAAAAUGGCCAACUAUCAUUUCACCAAUACAUAUGUCAUCAAAACAAUCAAUACAGUAUGGAAAGAGGAAUAGUAUUAAAGAUUUAAGUAGGGAUUCUUCGGCUGGUGUAAAUCCAGAGACGAAUAAUACGUCAUAUAUAAAUAUAGGCCUUUUACCUACUCAACCGAUUAGUUUGAAGUUUCCUAGUACAAAUGAAGAAAUUGUAAACAUGAGUGAAGAUAUUAUAAGCAUGAGUGAAGAAAUUGUAGAUGAAGAAAGUACCGAUGAUUUUGUAAUAGAAUCCUCUGAAAUUAAAUGA